AUGCCGACCAAAGAAUUCCGCCUGGAUUUGCGGGAUGCCUCCACCCCACAGCAAUAUUUGCACCUGCGCAAGGUUAAGCCCGGAGACUACGAUGACUCCAUCUCUUUUAAUUUCCAUGACCCCAGUUCAGGAACUGCUCUUGAAUUCCAAGUUGUGGUAUCUGACCCUUCCGACUACCCCACAGAUCACAGCUUCGUGGUCUUCGCAUCAACCGACAAUGUCACUCCACAGGUUACAAUCGCCUUGGAAAAGGCACAGAAUAAGGGCAUCUUCACCGGCGUCUCCCUUCACGACGCCUUGACUACCGUCGAUCGUAUCGUCCAUAAUGUACUUCGCGAACCAAACCCCCACUCUUCAGGGGAACGAAACCAUGAACAUAAUUCUGAUGACAGUGACGGAGCGAUGGAUGACUAUGAGGACUUUUCUGACGAUGAAGCAAACUUCCAUCUAACUCCCCGACAGGGACCGACACUCCCCCAGAAGCUUCGGCAGGACCUUCGUCUUGCCAAGGCAGCGGGGUUCAAGGUUGGAUAUUUGGGAAGCAAGACGGGACCGGUCAUUUUGUCCAUCGCUCGCCGCAUCUCCAAGCUGGAUAUCUCAAAAGAAGCCAUGCAAGCAUGGACUGUGCAGCCCUCGGAAUACCUGGUGCUCUUGAUCCGGUACUCAAACGUAUAUCAGGAUCUGCAAGGCAUUCUCGAAAUGAACGAAUCCGCGGCCCCUUGUCCUCAAAUGCGCAUCGGACUUUGCGACUCUUACAAACCAUCAUCUUUCAAGGCUGCCCUCCUUUCUUUUCAAGCCCCCACGUCAUUUACAACUGAAGGGGAUUCUUCCAAGCCCUCUGAGACGGGGCCAAAGACAAGUCUCAGACCGAUGUUUAUUGGGUCAUCACUCAACAAACUUCUGAAUGAACGACUUCUAGGAAUUAUGACCUAUCGCAAGAAGUUUUGCCUUUCAUGGACAGGCGCCGAAUUUCUCUUUCACGCCAGUCAAGGAAAGGUCAUUAGCGGGGAAGAUGCAGGCGACCCCAAAUUUUACGUUCAAGACACCUGGGUUUCGCCUCCUCCAAGUAGCCUAGCCUCAGAUCAUUACAUGGAAGCUGGCUUAGACACAACUAAAACUUCGUUUCCUCUCGUUGCUAUGCAAUUCACGCUUCGCCACUUUGUCAAGUGCACAGAGUUUUGUCUUGUAUGCCAUUGCAAGACCUUCGAUAGUUUCGAGGCCCUGAAGCCAUAUGUCUGCUCCAAUGGAUUGUGUCUCUAUCAAUACAUGACCUUCGGAAUGGGCCCCAGUGUGGAAUACGAUAUUCGGACACAGCCCUUUGUCGUCGACCUACUUGUGUCUUUGGCAUACGCCCGAGCAAAGGAGGGUCUCCUCGAUGAUUUUCCAACUGGCUUAGGGAUUCUGGUCCCUGACGAGGAUAAAGUGACCAAGGAAAAAAAGCCAGCUGGAACCUCUGAGUCUUCCAACUACCAUACUGGCCACUUGAUCAAAUCCUCAAUGACUAUGAUUUGCCAAGCACGUGGAAUCACAGCGGGCGACUGGAUCCAGAUCAUCCCUGAUAUGCACUCCCUGACGACCAGUUGGCACUGUCAAGUGAAAGAUGUUGAUGAGGAUCUUGCGUCUUUUACAAUUCUAGAGCCUAUCGAAACAAGAUCGAAUCUUUCACUCAGCAAUACUGUGCAUGAUGCCCAGCAGGUAAAUUUUGUGUGUUAUGAUCAGAAUUUCGAUGACAUGAAACCUCAAAAAAAGCAAAAAACCAUGCUGAGAAUACUGGAUACACUACCAAGCAUUGAAUUGAUGGCGCAAUGGCUCGGACCCUCGGAUUCUGAAAAAGUUAUCUCAUCUUGGCGUGGGCGGAUAACUCCCGCCGCACUUGACAUGCUACGGUGGAUCAUUGCUUCUAACCGAUCAUGUAUUCUGCAAGACCACAGCGAUGCAAACCAUCUGGUCAGUGGAAUGCCAUGUUACAUGCAAUUUCGACUUGUUCAAGGUGCCCCUGAUAAAGAACAGCGUUUUAUCAACGCCGUCAAGUCGGUAUCAAUGGUCCAAAACCCAGAACACCCGACGUUAUUUGCAUGGCAUGGUAGCCCCGUCUUUAAUUGGCACAGUAUCUUGCGAAAAGGGCUCAAUUUCGAGAGAGUCAGUAAUGGCAGAGCAUGCGGGAAUGGAGUGUACUUUUCAAGCCAUUUUUCCACGUCAGCGGGUUAUAGUUCUUCUCUUGCUAGUCAACGGGGAGCUGGGGAUAUAGUUGCUUACAACUGGCCUCAGAGCAUACUGAACAUGACGACUGUAGUGUCCCUGAACGAGAUCGUCAACAGCCCAAAAGAAUUUGUCUCUCAAGUCCCGCACUUUGUUGUCGACCAUCUGGACUGGAUCCAAACAAGAUACCUUUUCGUGGGACACCGCGGGCUUGCGAAUCCUCGACUGCCGGCCGUUCAGAGAUCCAAAUCCAUGCCGUUCUUUAGCCAGGAUCCCAAAUACCCAGUAUUUGGGUCAGGCAACAGUCAUGUCACGAUACCUCUUUCUGCAGUCAGCAGUAUACGACGUCAGAUGUUUGGAAUCUCGUCUCCAGUGCCAUCGCUAAAAUCACCAACUCUAAUUCGGGAAGAGUCCCCCGGGUCUGAGUCGUCAGAUAACAAGGUUUUUGAUGCAAACAGUGAGGAUUGUGCUAGUGUCUCAACAGCAACGGAUGAUCUCAACCUACUGAUAUCCGAAUCUGGGACCGAGGAUAGCAUCACUGGAAUCAUAGUUGAAGCUGGGAUCACCCUUGAAACCGAGACCACAGUCGAAAAUUCAUCUGGAAAGAAUUUUCAACUGGCCACACCUCCCGCUCAUACAACCCUCGAGACCGACUUUGUACCAGGAACCCUGCAGGCAAGCUGCUUGCCGAUCAUUGCACCGCCCCGGCAUGCAACGACAAUUGCUACGAAGGUGCUCCAAAAACACCUCCAAACCACGCUUAGAGUCCAGAAAAAGGAGGCACCCGCAGAGCUUGGAUGGUGUGUUGACCCUAAUCUCAUCUCAACGGUAUAUCAAUGGAUUGUCGAGAUGCAUAGUUUUGACCCUGCUUUGCCUUUGGCCCAAGAUCUCAAGGCAGCGAAACUCAAUAGCGUUGUCCUUGAGAUACGGUUCCCACGUGAGUUUCCUAUGCAUCCGCCGUUUGUUCGAGUGAUUCGCCCCCGUUUCUUGGAGUUCGCAGCCGGCGGAGGCGGCCAUGUUACAGCUGGAGGAGCCAUGUGCAUGGAGCUGCUAACCAACUCGGGCUGGUCUCCCGUUACUUCCAUCGAGAGCGUUUUGCUGCAAGUUCGUUUGGCGCUCAGCACCACCGAGCCCCGGCCAGCACGCCUGCUGGCUAGAGGAACCAAGAGGGAUUAUGGAAUUGGUGAGGCCGUGGCGGCCUUCAAAAGAGCUUGUUUAUCUCACGGAUGGCAAGUUCCCAGUGACCUAGAGCUCAUUUCGUACUGA